AUGACUUCAUUUGGUGAGGUGACACGACAAGUGCAUUUGAUAAAUGAUUUGAUUUUGUCAGAAAUGAUUUGUGUUGACGACGAUUAUACUGAAGAGAAAUUAGAAUUCAGCAAGCAUAUGCUGGCAACUAAAUACUGGUUUGCCCCUAUAUCGUAUGCAAACAAAAAGCGAUUUGUGUUAGCUCUAUUGAAAGACGUUCGUAGUAUUUGGACUCUAUCACUACUAUUGAAAUCUAUAUGGAAUUGUCGGCCCAAAGACGCCAUGAUGUCUGCUUGCGAACCUAGAGUGUGGAGCAGCUAUGAUCAAGUGCCCAUGGAUCACGAUAGGACCGCUCGACCUUUGUCACUACUUGCAGAAGUAAUGAUGAGUGACCGCCAAUGGUUUCAGACUCUUGAACCUGAACGCCAAGCUUUAGUUCUCGCUGAGUUGUUAACAGUAGCCGGUGGUCCUGUAAUGUGGGAGGUUCUAAAGCGAGCCCAGAAAAUAUACGAUCGGCACGUUGAGUUACAGUUGGAAGAUUUACAGGAAUGCAAAGUUGUUCCUGAACCUCUGCCGCCAAAGCAAACUGCAUUAACUGAAACGACUCCAGCAAAGAAAGAGCAAGCAGUACAACGCAAAAUUCCUCCGGAGGCUGAAACAGUACCUUUCGCUCCAGCUCCUGGUCAAGCUCAAAAAGAGUUGGAAACAAAAUUAGCACUAUGGGCGUCGACAGUAAAGGCAAUGAAGGAUAGAAUGAAGCUUGAAGAACUGGAGAUGACUUUCAAGAAUGGGACAACUAAGCUUUGGAAAGUUAAUCGUCCUAAACCUGAAGAUAUGGAAACCGUUGAUUUCAUCCAGUUACUUCCCUCAGCUAUAAGCAAGCGCAUUCUGAUAAAUUUGACUCAUAACCAGCUUAUGGACUGUGCCCGUGUUAACAAAUAUUGGGCAUUUUUGGUUGAAGAUAUUCGUGCAGAAAUAAUUGUGAGACAAAAAAUCGACGUCGAAUUGGAAAAAUUAAGAGAGAAUGUGAUGAAGCAUGAUAGAAAUCUCGAUCUAUUGAGUAAGUCAGAGCUCGGAGCAACAACGAGCUUAGAGAAGAGCUUUGCAGAGGCUACGCAGGCGAAAGAGCGAUUCAGCGUUCUUGCCCGAAACAAGUCUUGUGCUGUAUCACUAUGGACCAUAGUGAAUAAACAGGGGAAUAAACCUCGAAAUCGCGCUAAACCUAUUCGCAAUUUAAACGAAAUGAACGAACGCUUAGAAAGACGUGGUGCUGCAGAUGAAAACAUAUGGAAGUGGUGUAGAAAUGUUCUCAAAAUCAGUCGGAAAUAUGAUCGAAUAAGACAAAUACCAGUUGAAAAGGGUGGGAUACUUUCGAUGGCUACCGAAACGUUCCCAGGUCCUGUAAUGUCUAAAACUGUGAAAAUACCGCUGGAUUAUCCACUUUUAAUUGACCCUUCACGCACUGUUCCUGUAAAAGCUAAGGAGACUGUUGCAUAUUCUUCAGCUGACGCGAGUAUUCCUCAACAGAAAAAAGACCACCGAUACACUCUUUGGUCAAAUAAUUUUUUAAAUCUCUAUCCAGUUUGCAAGAUUUCAUCGCACUUAUCACCCUUUUAA